AUGAAGUUUGCCGGUAUCCUCUCCAUUGCCUUGGCCACCACGGCCCUCGCUGAGCCCAUCAAGCGAGCUCUCGCCGACUACCAGAAUGUGUUCAACGCCAUCAGCGCCCAAGUCGCCGUGGUCGACACCGUCGUAGCCAGCUACGUCGCCGGCACCGCUACCGCCGACGCCGUCCAGGACGCCUCCGAUGACCUCGAGACCACGAUCAACAACGGCGCUGCUGCCAUCCCCGGCUUCGCGCCCCUCGGCAACCUCGACGCUCUAUCCCUCGUCGGUCCCAUCCAGACUCUGACUGGCGAUGUUGCCGACCUCAUCGACGAUCUCAUUGCCGCCGAGCCCGACUUCAUUGCUGACGGCCGCGCGGCUGAUGUUUUGGCCUCUCUUAACGCUCAGAAGGCUGGAACUGAGGCUGUCCGCGAUGCUAUCACCCCCAAGGUCCCGGCCGCUCUCCAGGAUAUCGCCGAGACUCUUUCCCAGGGUAUCGUUGAUGAGAUCCAGCGCGGUAUUGCGGCUUACUCCAACUAA